UUGUUUAUCGUAAUCAUUGUGCAACCUACCGCGGCAAGCUCGCGGCUCUCCCACCCACCCCACCAAGGUGUUAGGCUGCUGACCUGAGUAAUUUUCGACUUUUAUCCAUGGCUCCAGCCAAGAAGGGAAAAGCCAAGGCCGAGAAGGCGGAGCCAACUCAGUCCUCUAAAAACGACCCCAAAUUCCCAUCGUCCAUCCGCCCGGUUCCUCCCUCGUCUGUUGCCAUCACCAUCCACGCCAAGCCCGGCGCCAAAUCGUCCUCCAUCACCGAUUUCAGCGACGACGCUGUAGGGGUCCAGAUAGACGCGCCUGCCAAAGACGGUGAAGCUAACGCGGCGCUUCUUGAUUAUAUUAGCUCGGUUUUGGGGGUCAAAAGAAGGCAGGUUUCAAUAGGUUCUGGCUCUAAAUCACGAGACAAGGUGGUGAUUGUGGAGGAGAUAACCCUACAGAGCGUAUUUGAUGCUUUAAACAAAGCAUCCAAGUGCUAGCUAUGGAGAGACACAGUGUCAAGUGCUAAUUAUUGUAAGAUGCUGUUUCUAGCCAUUGAUGAUAAUUGUUGCUUCCUUCAUGCAACAUGAUGCUAACAAAAUGAAGUGCAUAUUGGGAUCAUUCUCCUGAAAAUCCUUGCAAGUAAUUGGGGCAUUUAAAAGGUGGGGCCUUUUGUCACAUUUCACUUGUAAAACAGUUACCACUUGAUCCGGUUAUAGUAGUUGCAGUUUUGAUGCAUGAUUGUUGUUGAGGAGAUUCGGAUAACCAGACCUACUGUUGCCUACAGAAUUGUUGAUCAUAGUCACAACUUGAGGAGUUCAACUUGUUUCAUGCAUCUUAACUAGUACAGAGGCACACGUUGUACUUACAAAUGAGAGAAAAUGAAGGUUGUUAUCUACUGUUUAUUUGAUCUUGAGGCUAAGGUUCCCAUAAAUUGUAUUCAUUUUCCAUAACAUCUUCUGGUGAAUGUUACAGCAAUCUUCAAUUAAAAGCCCUUGGAAAUGAAGGUAGGCUUAUGUAAUAUAUAGCAUUUACAAGUUAGAGAACUUAUAAAUAGGCAGAAAUUACUCAGAUGAAUUCUGCUUCCAA